AUGCCGUGGCCGGACGCGGGCUCCUCGCGGCCCAAUGGCUGCUGCUUGGAGCCGGGGGCCGGGACGGAGAAGGGAGGAGCGGCGAAGGAGAAGGAGGAGAACACGGCCCGGUCGGGACAGAAGCGGCGGGACCCCGGGGGCCUCCGCUGUGCCCGUGCCGCGCUCCUCGGGGCCAGCGCGUCGCACACAAAGGGGCUGGCGAGCCAGAGCCACCGGCGGCUUCGAGGCACCGUGGGGAGCGCGCAGCGAGGGGGCGCUGUGGCGCACCCCGCCCCGCAGCCCCGCCCCCGGCCCGCCCCGGCCCCACCCCGCUCCCACCGCCCCCUCCGCGGCCGUCCCCACCCCUAUCUCUGCGACCCCCACGCCCCGCCUCGGCUAGUUCCCAUCCCUGUCACUGUGCUCCCCUCCCUACUCCGGGCCCGUAGCGGAGGUGACUUUUCUGCACAGCGCCGGUCCCGAGGGCCGAGAACCCACAAGAAGUGCCAGCCCUCUGCACGCUCUGGACGCCCUAGAGUGCUCUGGGCUGUCCACGAAAGACCUGGAGUCCGCCUCCCCAUUUCUCCGGUGGGUGAGUGGGAUGAGGAAAUCGCCAAUCGUAUUUUCCUGUUUUGCCUCCCCAACUCGGAAACUUGCAACUUGGCGUCUCCUGGAGCUUGGGAUAGUUUGGGGUCUCCUGGCUGCUGUCCAACAGAUUAAUCUCUGGGGGCAGUGUCCUCCGUGGGAAGUCCAAGUAGGAGUGGGUGACAUUUACCUCCCCCUCAGGAGGGAGCAGCCUGCACACUAGGGCCCAAAACUCCGCAAAGUAGCGUGAAAGUUCUUCAUCCGUUUCGCUUGUUUUGCUACUCCACACACCCUUCUAGGACGUGUUGAUUGCCAACUGCUCGGCGCAACUUUCCCAUAGCUGUCUCUUCCCGUGCAUUUCAGAGCACCAGUGAAAUAUAACCAGAGAGAUCUGGGAAAAAAAUCUACAAAGACAAUAUUAAUGAUAAAAUUAACACUGCUGAGUGAAUUGUCAAUGCAAGUUCCCUUAUGAACUCUUUGUUAAGUUUUGCUUCCUACUCCUUACAUCCUCAUUCUCUUAAGCCAUUGUUUUUCUUUCUUCUUGUUAUCAUUUUAAAAAGUAACAGAAAUACAACUUUCUUCCUACCUUCAACAUUGACAUGGUGGAGGUUGGGUUGCAAAGAAGCAGCAGGAAGAAAAAAGAAUUCUUCUAUACAUUCACAAGUCCUUCAAGGCACAAAAUAAAAGAAAUAGAGAAUGUGUCCUUUCUCCUAAUAAAGGUCUUUACAAUAAAAUUUAAA